GACUUUAGUCCUUCCAGCUCAAAAACAGUGUACCAUUACAUUCCCCUCCUCUUUCAAAACGGAGGCAAGCUUGUGCUCUGCGUUUGUGGAUAUGAGAUGCCAUAUACUUUUCUUUUCUUCCUACAGGAUAUGCUUUCCUUUAUUAAUCAAAAAGGGCCACUCACAGAAGGCGUCUUCCGCAAAUCAGCCAAUAUAAAAUCCUGCAGAGUCCUAAAGAAAAAACUAAAUUCUGGGGUCAAAGUGAACCCGUACAGCGAAUCUGUUCAUGUGGUCGCAUCCGUCUUCAAGGACUUUCUUAGAAAUAUCCAAGGAAGUAUAUUUUUAUCCGAUCUCUAUGACAAAUGGCUCAGUGUUAUUGAUCAAGGCAACAAAGAGGAGAAGAUAACUGCAGCCCAGAGGCUUUUAGGCCAGCUGCCAAGAGCAAAUGUUGUUCUCUUGCGAUACCUUUUUGGAGUGCUAUACAACAUUGAGCUACAUUCCUCAUCCAAUCAGAUGACAGCUUAUAAUUUAUCCGUUUGUAUAGCCCCAAGUGUUCUUUACCCACCUGAUUCCGGCAGCUUGGAAUUGGAAGACAACUUGAUAAGAAAGAUUUCUCUUGUACAAUUUCUCAUUGAAAAUUGCCUCAGGAUAUUUGGAGAAGACAUCACUUCCCUCUUUGGCGAGAACUCAAUGAGUCGUGGUAACAGCGAGAAGGCUGCAGUAGUGUCAGGAAAUCCACCUCUUGAAUCCAAGCCAGUGAGAGUGAGAGUGAUUUACAAAAAGGCACAACGGCAGAAUGAUACGAAGACCCCAUCUGGCAUGGUUCCACCCAGCUACUUGUCUACAGUUUUCUAAGUCACUGAAGAGUACCAUCUACAUAAUGACACUUGACUCUUCCGUUUUCUUUAGUUCCUAUAAAAUAGAAAAUAAAAUGAACUGUUUUUCCAAUGAAUGAAAAAUGAGCCCCUUCCAAGGAACUUGCUCAUCCCAUUAGAAUUUUUCUUUUGCCUCAUCUCAUAUUAUCCAUAUUGAGGAAAUCUUCCCACAAAGUAUCUCCUCUGUCUUCAAUACCUACCAUCUCAUAUUAUGUACUUUGUUGCAUUGUAGUGUAUUGCAUAUUUUUAUACUGAUGCAAUAAAAGUAAUUCCAUCACUCAGUGGGUUAGACAACCAUUUUACUUGUUUAUGAUUCAUAUCAACACUUCAGUGGAGGCUCAUCUGAGCAGUUCUGGUCUCAGCUGAGGUCACUUGAGCACCUGCAGUCAGCUGGCAGCUCAUCUGGAGCUAACCUAGGAGUCUGUUUAUUGGUGUUGGCUCUCAGCUGGUCCCCAUGUCUUCAACGAGCUAGCCUGUCCUGCAUAUGGUGGAGGAAGAGUUGCCAGAAGCAAGAAAGGCUUUUCAAGAGUUAAUGUGGGAGAGGACUGUGCAAAGCACCAUGCCAAAGACAGUGAUUUACAAGACAAGGAGGCAUUCAUUAUUUAUUAAGACCACACAUGAUAAUCAAAGCUCAAGGCAGCACCACUACUACACACAUCCUUUUAUUCAUCGGCUUUUAAUCCUCAGUGGAUUAUAAUCAGCAUUUCCUAAAAGGCAUUCAAAGUGUGGUAGGAAGUAUCUUUGAAAUAGUAACUGAUUUUUUACCUCAGGUAUUCUUUGCCUCUAUCCUUGUCCCGGUCUUAAGCUGUCUUACGGACAACUAAAUCACUUCCUCAGGGAAUAGAAGCUAUAGGAGAAUAUGAGGAAAAGGGAGCCCUUUGUUGCUUAUGAGUUUUAAAAAUUUAGCUUUCUAGGAAACAAAACUUACUCAUGGCAUAGAGUAGAAGAUUUAGGUGGAAAUCUCAUGGGAAAAGCCCAAAAUCAUUAGGUACAUGGGACAUCUGCCCCUUUUCCUGGAUAGAAGCCAAAAGAAAGCAGGAAGGCCUCACAGAAUAGCUAAUUGACUUGUCUAAGAAAGACGGGGCCCCUGUGGGUCCACAUAGAGUUUCUUAUACCUCAGCAUGGAACAGAUCAGUAAGAAAAGUAUUCCCAUCAAUUCCAGAAUAGUAUGGAAGAACUACAGAGAGCCACCAGGUUUGAAAGACAUGUCUCAACAACAGUAGUACUGACCAAUUCCCCAGGACCAGAGAACAGUGAGGACAUCUCAGCAGAUGCUAGUAUACAUCAAUGACCCAAAGCAGCAGAUAAGUGCCACCUCGCCAUUUCAUAGCCUUCUAACUCCCUGGCACUAGAAGACUCCAGAACAUAGACACACUCCUGGGGGAAAUUAAGAGAUCCUGAAUUUCUACCAAUCUGGGAACAGAGAAUCAAACUAGACACCAAGCGAGCUAUUUAAAAACACAGAAUUGGACAUUUAUUACAUAUGUCAAUGUAUACAUUGAGGUUGGUAUCAAUAUAUAUAGAAUAUAUGAUCCAAGCACAGUUUUCCUAGAAAGGGUUCCCUGGUCAAAUAGGUUAGGGAAAUUCUGUAUUUUCCUUUUGAAGUCAAAUGCUCCAGUUUUUUCCACACUUAUUUGACAUUGCUUGGCCCUUUUGGAGUAACCCCAUUAAUUAAUGAUCCUGGGAACAUACAUUAAUAAACAUCGCUCUGAAUUUAUUUCUUCUUAACUCACAGAUUUUACCAUUUCACUCACCUGCUAAGAAGCCAUCAAUAGAUCUUUGAAUUUUUUUUUUUUUCAGAAAAAAAUGUCCUUUUUUAGAUCCUCCACAAUGCAACCUGCUCUAGUAAUCAAUUUUGUCUUCACUCUUUCCCAUUGUAGAUCCUUUGCUUUAGCUAGGUCAGAAACGUUACUGGCCCCUGAAUAAGUCACACUCACUUUUCUAACUAUAAUCCUCACCUCUCCUUGGUCUCUACGUUUCCACCCACUAACUAGGUAGCCAUCUGGGUUCUCCACUCCCAGAAUUUCACAAAGCCUUCCUGAUCUCAAAUUAAUUGUUCUUUACAUGAGCGCUUGCCCCUACUAGACAUUGGCUCGUAUGCUGCUUUGCACCGUCGGGAAUUAUGCCAGUGUGUUCAUACAUUAUUCAGCAAAUCCAAAUUCCUGUGGUAAACAACUGUAUCUUGUGUUAGUUUUAUAUUACUUUUAAUGCCUGGCUAAAUUUCUACUCAAAAAAAUAUGAAUGAAUAUGUUCAAUUUUCGAAGGGUGUAGAGAUUUUAUACACAUUGGUAGCAACUGCAAGUUUUAAAACUGAAGAGGUAGAAUACAGCACAUAUGGAAUUUCAAUGGGUGGCAAUAAGACAUCAUCAGUUUGACCAAUUUUUUUAGAUAUGACUUCACAGCCUUAUUCACAAGUUCUGGGAUAUAUUAUUUUUAUUCAUUAUGUAAAAAAUCUGAUAUCGGUGUGAUGCAUUUGGGAAUAAUUGCAUUUUUGUAUUAAAUUUCUUCUAAAUAUCAACAAUCCAGAAUAAAAGGGGCAAAAAAACAUGGCUGGGCAAUGCAUCUGUGAGUUUUUAAGCCAAGGAAGAUAUUAAAAAAAAAAAAAAUUGAAAAGAAGAGGAGCUAGAAAUACCAGAAGGUAAAGAAAAGCUGAAAUUGAACUUAUUUGUCAAUGGCAACUCAAGAGAUUCCUGACCUAGGAAAAUGGUUAAUAAAUGUUAGUAUUUCCUUCAGGAGACUCAAGCAUAAUGUCUCCUUGAGAAUAACAAUUUAUUUCUUAAAUUUGAGGAAAAGAUCCUAGGAACUCUGAUAAACUGUAAAAGAACUUAAUUGCCUAAUCUAGAAUGAAUAAAAGGCAAUUAGACAUUCUGAUAUUGGCCUUUACCGUACCUGGGAGUAAGAUGUGUGUAGUCAUCAGUCAAUCUGCACUUAGUGAUGUAGUUAAGGUUAAACAUCUCCAGAAGUAAAAUAAAGGUACUUAGAAUGACUCUCCUAUUUUAUUCCAGAAAGAAAGCGACUCACAGGCUACCAAUAUCAGCAAAUUAAUAUCAUGGAUGGUUGGGAUUAAUUACCAUGAUAAAUUAAGUGGGAUAUAUAUAUAAUCACUCAAUGUUUAUUCCACAAAAGCAACAUGUAAGAAUUUGGUGAAUGGAAUAUAUAUUAGUACAAGAAGCCACUUCUUUUCAGAGAGCACUGAACGAUGCCUUUUAUAUUUUUCUGUAAUUCUUUCUAUGCUUAAGCCGAAUGGGCCAGUAAUACUCUGAAGAUUUAUAGUGGAUGGUGACUCUAUUUUCCAGUUUUGUUUUGUUUUACUUACCCACAACAUAAUUGGUGCUAAGAAAAAAUUGGCUUCCUUAUGGUCCUUGGCCUAAAUGUCAGUAUUAAUUUAGUUGGCUUAAUCUUUAAAAAAUGGUAUCAUUCCUUUGUCAAAUAAAAGAAACAACUAGAAAACCAAACUGUCAAAGGAAAGUUGUAAUUUCCUAAAAUGGAAAAAGCGAAACUGCUUUGUAAGAAUGGGAGUUUUUCCAAAAUGUAAAAAUAUAAAACUAGUUGGGAAAGAAAAAACAAAACAACACCGUCUUCAGGAUAGUGAUUACCUCUGUGGAAGGAAAGAAUGGGAUUGAGUAAAGGGGGUAAAAAGAAACUCCAAGCACACAUAUAUUAAUUUAAUUUCUUGAAAGAUUUAAAAAUGCUAACAUUUCACCACGUGCUUUACACUUCUUAAGAAAAUGUUAGAGGUGACUUUAUUACAUAAAUAUCCACAACAUACCCAUGCAUACACACACACACACACAAUUUGUAUAUAUAAACAUACAAAACAUUGUUAAAUGAAUAAGUAAACUACAGAAAUUCUUAUCAUUCAGCAAUUUUAUCUUUUUACCAUAGGUUUUGUGAUUCCUCUGUAUGGAUGACCUGGUUCACUCCGUCUAGUAUUCCAUUAUAUGAUAAUGCAUUUAUGUGUGUACACAUCUACCUUGAUCAAACUUUCUAGAGGCUUGCCUAGUUUAUUAGCUUUCAAAGAAAUAGAUUUUAAAAAUCAUCUCCAUUAAUGUUUUUUCCUAGGUUAUUAAUUUGUGUUUUGCUUUUACCAUUCUAUUGCUUCAACUUUCUUACUGUUUUCACUUCUUCAUCUAGCUUCUUGGAUUAAAUG